CCCAUUCAAAAUCUCAGAUAAAAUCUUCUGGAAAUGCCCUGGGUCAUGAGAUGGAUGCCAAAAUGACAGCCAGGUCCCGGCAUCUCCUGGCCAAAAGACGGGCUUUGUUUUGGAGCACAGAUACAGGAACACAAGCCAGAUUACUCACCUCUCCAAGAAAUCACAGGCUAUAAACCACUGCCCAAAAGCAAGCUCCGGAGAACUUCAGUAGCCUCCAGGAAAGCUCUGAGGUUAGGGGGACUAGCGCAGCCAAAGAAGACAUGAGGAGUCUGCUGGCACUGCUGAUCGUGACUCUGGCCCUGGCAGCACUCUGCUGUUGUGAGAAAGAUUCCAAAGAACCCUCAGGAUCUCCCAGUGCUGACAGCAUCAAGAUUAAGAAAGAAGUUGCCAAUGCCUUUGUGAAGAGGAAUAAAAGAUCCAGCCCAUAUGAAUGGUACUUUGAGAGUUACAGAAGACCGAUGGAGCAGAUGCAUGAGCGCUGUGAAAACUAUCCCCCCUGUGACUAUCUCUCUGACCAAAUAGGAUUUGCCUUGGCCUACAACCGCUUCUUUGGGAGAUACUGAGGAUGGGAAGGUCUCUUCACUUGUUUGGCUUGGAACAUUCCGAAUCCCACAGGAGAAAGAAGGCUGUGGCUGGGAAGGAGGGAAGGAAAGCAUCUAGACUGGCAUCUUCUGCCAUUGUCUCCCUAACCAGCUGGAACACCAAGGCAGGAAUUACCCCUCUUGUUGAGCUUCCAUUAACUUUCUUCCUUUCAUCAAUAAAGUCUCUCUUCAGACAUCUUUUGUGGUAUUUUGAGCUUCACCAGAAGACUCUUAACUUCCUUCCACCUGAAUCCCCAGCACAGAAUAGGUGAAAAAUGGUGAUUAGUUUCAAAAAAAACACUGCAUGCCUUAGAAACACCAUUAUAUCUCUUAUCCUCUUCUGCAAAAUGCAGGAGGAUUAUGGAAGAAGAAUGUCACGAUGUGUGUAAAUGUGAUGGAUCUGAUCCUGGGAUGCUCACUGGGAAGAAGGAAGAACACCUGUCUCCUGUUCCAAUUAGUGGGAAAGUUCAGUAUUUUCAUGUAGUAUGAUCACAUUAAAUACACAUCACAGUAGGAUCGUUUUGUAAAGAUAGAAGCGUGCGAAUACUCUUGCAUAGACAGCAAUCAAGUUCUGGUAUGCUGUUCUGAUUAUUCUGUCACAAAAUUUGCCUGUAUAGCAACAACAAAUAAAUCCCAAAAGGUGCAUUUAAGGAGUCCUUCUAGAUGAGCUCUUGCUUUUGUGUGCUGCUUUUAGUGACUGUAAAAAAUGACUUUGAAUUCUCUUGGUUAUUUGGGAUUUUUUUACAAUCAGUUUCUGGUGAAACUGAAAAUGCCCAUCAGAACAAAAAAAAUAACCUCUUCUCCUCCACUGCCUUUGCAUUUAUCCUUGAAACUAGAAGUGUCUUAACAGCUUAAAAAGAAGAAGAAGAAGAAACGAAAGUUAUAAACAUUAUGAAAAAAACAAAAUGAAAAUUGCUUCAAGGAUGGAUUGAAGUUGGGGCAGUGUUUUGUUUAUUCAAGACAACUUGUAGCUAAAUAUAUAUAUACACAAAGUAUGUGUAUUUUUAUGUACACAUAUUGUCUUCCCUCUGCACUACUUCAUUCUGUCCUCUGGUAUUAAUAUUAUACCUUAGCAACUUUCUGCAUAACCUUCCUUAAUAUACUCUGUCAGCUUUCCUUCCCUGAGAGGCGGAUGGCAGAUCACACUUCCAAGGACAAGGACUGCUGAUGCUCAGGGAACUGACAGAGACCAAAUCUCUCUGGUUACAUGUAAGGUAGUGCAACCAUCCUCAGCUGCUAAUUCUAAUAAAUACUGCUUAAGUAAAGCAA